CUACACUCGCGCCGGUGAGAGCUACUAAUCCUCUGCGUCCAAGGUUUACUCUGAGCUCGUAUUUAAUUCCUCUAAACCCCCAGCUGCCGCCCUGGUAACUCACUGAGCACGACAGACUGUGAACCAAUCGGGUUAUUAAUAAUUCACCAGCCCUGCGCUCCUCCGGCCGCGGCCGCGUCCUCACCGCUGCGCGCCCGCAGCCACGCUGCGCUUCUCACUUUGUGCUUUUAAUUUCAGCUGCUCGGUGUCACGCAGAAAAACAGGGGGACACGCACCUUUUUCACUUCUCCGUUAUACCAGCUCGCUUAUACGCGGUUCCCCCACGAAUGGCAUUUGCCAACUAGAAUCCCUUUUGCUUUUUUUGCUGCUGGUUCUUUCCACCAGCCAGACGGUUGCGACAUCCACGCUUUGCCACAUGGUGAGUUUUGCUUCCCACUUCUCGACAACUUUCUCUGGAUACUGAGGAACAGGUGGACGGGGAGACAGAAGGAGCGCCCUGCAGUUUUCCAGGUCGAUCAGAGCCGGGGCAUGCAGUGAGGCAGAGCUGCCGGUGCGUUCCCCCGGACCGGUGCGGGAGCAACAGCUGAGCCGGUGCGUCGGAAGCCGCGCUGCGGGAACUCACGGUCGCUGCUGCGGCCGCACUCUCCGCUCCGUCCCCGGGCCGGGACGGUGUGACCUGCGCGCUGCUGCUGGCGCACACUGGGACUUUACGCUGCUACGCUGCCAGAUCACGCUCAAACAGCCGCACCGGCCACUUUUUUUUUGUGGGAAUAUCACGAGCUGAAACCCCGAACAUAAACCCCCUUUGUUGCGGAGACAGUGUCGGGAAGCCCGACUUGGAUUCUAUACGGCGCUUUUUCUCUCGCUUUUGAAUGAAGAAAACUGACUGCAAAUUGCACUAAAGAAUGUUUACCGGGGUGCAGGCCGUGUAUUAGAGCUCUUUUGCUUCCGGUACAAGGCCCACAGCUGAAACUGAGCACCUUUUCUCUCUCACGCUUUUUUUUUUUCCUCUGGAAGCCGAACUUUUGAGAGUGGAAAAUGGGUCUUUGAGAGUGUUGGCACAUUUCCUCACACAACAAUGGCAACCGAAACCUUUCUGUUGAACGAAGAACCCUCCAGAGGUCCUGGGAUGCCUGAAUGCUUUGUAGUAUCAGAUUCAUACAGGUAUUACCCUACUCACCUUCUAAACAAUGCCUUAGUGGAUGAAUUUCAUCCCUUCAUUGAGGCCCUCCUCCCCCAUGUCCGUGCCUUUUCCUACACCUGGUUCAACCUGCAGGCCCGCAAGCGCAAGUACUUCAAGAAGCACGAGAAGAGGAUGACCAAGGAUGAGGAGCGUGCGGUGAAGGACGAGCUGCUCGGGGAGAAGCCGGAGAUCAAGCAGAAGUGGGCCUCGCGCCUGCUUGCCAAGCUCCGCAAGGACAUCCGGCCGGAGUUCCGCGAGGACUUUGUGCUCACCAUCACGGGGAAGAAGCCCCCCUGCUGCGUGCUGUCCAACCCGGACCAGAAGGGCAAGAUCCGCCGCAUCGACUGCCUCCGACAGGCCGACAAGGUGUGGAGGCUGGAUCUUGUGAUGGUCAUCCUGUUUAAGGGCAGCCCCCUGGAGAGCACGGACGGAGAGCGGCUGGUCAAGUCGCCCCAGUGCUCCAACCACGGCCUGUGCGUCCAGCCGCACCACAUCGGGGUGACGGUCAAGGAGCUGGAUCUCUACCUUGCCUAUUUUGUUCACACACCAGAACAAUCAGGACAAUCAGACAACUCCAACCAGCAAGGAGAGACAGAUGUCAAGCCCCCGCCAAACGGCCACUUGAGUUUCCAAGACUGCUUUGUGACUUCUGGGGUGUGGAAUGUGGCCGAGCUGGUCCGCGUGUCACAGACUCCGGUUGCCACGGCGACAGGCCCAAACUUCUCUCUGGCAGACCUGGACAGCCCCGGCUACUACAACAUCAACCAGGUGACCCUGGGACGGCGCUCCAUCACCUCCACCCCCUCGACCAGAACCGAAAUGGAGCUUUAUGCAAGUCUCCCACGGAGCUCCAACAAGCGCAAGUCCAUUGACGACAGUGAGAUGGAGAGCCCGGUGGAUGAGGUGUUCUACUCGGGCCGCUCCCCUGCGGCCGGCAGCAGCUCUCAGUCCAGCGGCUGGCCGAACGAUGUGGACGCAGUGCAGCACCAUUUGGCCAGUGUGCAGGAGAGGAAGAUUAAGCAUGAGAGCGAUGGAGUGCAGUUUCCUUACCAUGGACUCUCAUCGCCUGGUUCUCAUAAGAAGCUGGGGAAAUUCGAUUUCAGCGCCCUGUCCUCCCAGACGAGGUCCCCCCGCAUGGCGUUCACCCACCACCCACUGCCAAUGCUGGCGGGAGUGAGACCAGGGAGCCCCCGUGCCUCAGCCUCGGCUCUGCACUUCCCGUCCCCCUCCAUUAUCCAGCAGUCUAGCCCCUACUUCACCCACCCAACCAUCCGCUACCAUCACCACCCUGGACAGGAUCCCUUGAAGGAAUUUGUGCAGUUUGUCUGUGCUGACGGGUCGGGGCAGGCCGCUGGACAGCCAAACGGGAGUGGCCAGAGCAAAAUGCCAGGCUCCUUCUUGCUGCCUCCACCUCCCCCAGUGGCCCGCCCAGUGCCCCUCCCCAUGCCCGACUCUAAACCCAACAGCACGCCCCCUGACGGCGGACUCUCCUCGCCCGCAUCUCCGUCAUACUCCACGCCAGGCGCCACAGCUUCCAACAGGUUUGUCGGCAUCGGAUCACGGGACAACAACUUUCUGAACAUCCCGCAGCAGACGCAGUCUUGGUUCCUCUGACAAGAUCUGUGCGCAAACCAGCAAGUAGAAUUCUUUCUUUACAACCCGAAAUGAAAAAAAAAGCAAAAAAAAAAAAAAAAAGCAGAGAAACAACCUGCAGGAUUCUAAUUGUCCUCCAAACAACUCACCGACCGGCCCUGACAGUACACCUCACCUGAUGCAAAAUGUAACCAAGCAACGCGGGAAAUGACAGCACCAUGACGCUUUCAGUGGAGCUCCAGACUUAUCCACAGAGAGGAGGACCCAAUCUGAGCAAAGAUGGACGGAUGGAUGGAUGGAAAAAUGAAUGGAUGGACAAGAGGAUGCUAGGAUGAGGAAUGGGGGUGAAAGGAACAGCAGCGAGCAUGCCUCCUCACACCGCCGAUCCGGCGCAGCGCGGCGCAGCAGCGAAGAGAAACACAAGGAUGCUAAAGCAGUCGGACUCUCUUUCUUUGUAAGGAUGUAUUGUGCAAGAAAUGGCGAAGAAAAUCAGCUGUCCAGCAAAUACAGGUUCAACCACGAAAAGCAUAGCCCACAAUGAAUCGACCAAUCAAUCAAUUUCAGGUGUAAAACGCAGUCGAAUGUCUGCCAUCAGUCAAAAACAGCAACAAAAAUUGGGAAAUGACCAUCAAUUUUUCAAAGCCUAUUAGUAUUGAGUGAGAGACCAUGCCAAAAUAUAUCAAACAAAGUUUGCACUACACGCUGAAUCAGUUAACACUAAUCUUAAGAAUGUGCACUAUUUAUCGUCAAGGCAUGGAUUACUGCUCUUUCCUAUUAAAUCCUCCACACAGGAAACAAACCAAGGUGCAAGACGCCUUCGGGUGUUCUCCAGCCCCGUUGUUCAUUUUAGCCCAUCACUGACUUCCACUCGUUCUCACGUUCCCCCCUCGCUCAUACUGGUAACACAGUCUGUGCCAUGAUGACAUCAGUGUGCGCAAAAAAAAAAGGCGCACACAGACAUCUGCAGUCUCACUAUUUACAUUGUAGUAUUUAUAGGUGGUGAUGUUGCAUUACUAUGUUUUUGUUUCACACACGGUAAGCCCAGUGAACUCCCUCUGCCUCGGUUAGCUAUCCCAACAUCGUGCACACGAUCGCAGCGUCGCUGUAAGAUAACUGACACUUUCACCCCCAUAGGCAGCAACUAUUGGUUUCCCCCAUUUUGCCCUCUCAUCCCCAUAGAUGAACUAUGGAAGAUUUUACCUUGUGUGUUCUCUCAUUUGAAUUUACUCUUUUUGGAUUUGUACUAUUUUAUAAUUAUUUGUAUUGAAUGACAGCACCUUAACGAGAAACACAGUAAGGAGCAGCAUGUGUAGACAGAAUGGUUGGCUAAUCUGGAUAAAGUAGUGCUUGCAAAAAUGUAGAAAUGUGCAUAUUUGCUUGUUUGAGAUGUGGAGAUUGAUACCACCCAUGAAGCUACAGAGAACAGCUGGUUAGUUAUUAGCUAGGUAAACAUGUGUAUUAUAUUUUGUAUGUGAAUGCCACACAAAAAAACAACAGCAACAAAAAAACUAAGUUGUAAAAAACCAUUUUAGGGGACUGGAAGCUAGCAGCUGGUCACUUUUUUGGAGUUUUUGUGGGCGUUUAUACGUUAAAACAUCUUUGUAUUAUCAUAGAACAAAAGGCUGGAUUUGUGACUUGUUUUGAUAAAAAAAUUAGUGUGAGGUAACAAACAUUAUUAGAAUGGAAAGAUUUGACAACUUUGGGUAAAGAAAAUAUAGCUUUUACAUUACAGAUGUGCCCACGCAGAACAUGCACAUGCACAUGUGCGUGCGUGUCGCCACCCUGGAUGAGGUUGUAGUUCAACAAAAAGAUAAUUACGGUCAUCUCUUGGACCGUCUUGUGAGUUUUAGUCAUCAUCAUCUGUGUUUGGUUAAAAGCUGUACACAAGAGGUGGAAGUGGUUACCACCAAAUAACCCCGCUGGUUUGUCAACUACCAUUUUUGAGCCUUGGGCCCUUUUUUUUCCCAGCCACAAGUGACAUAAUGAGGCCAGAUGGUUCAGCUGGAGGGUAACUUAAACCCUGAUCUGGGAAGAAAAAAAAGGAAAAACUAAUUUCUAUUUCAAAUUGACCAAAAGCACAACUCAUAAAAAUGAGUUGCCCUAAUCACAUCUUAAUGACUGUGGGAGAAAAAAAUGGCUCAACUUCUAUACUAUGAGAGAAAAGUCUGCUUUUUGAUUGGCCGGAGAGGGUUUGGAGGUAGCACCGUCCACACUGGCUCCACAUUUCCAACCCGGUGAUGACACCCACAGCUUAGAAACAGUUUAGCGUUGGCGCCACGGCUGCAUCUUCAGUUUGAUUCACAUUAUGGGAGAGUGGCCUUUGACGGCACCGUGCUAUCAUCCGACUCCCUGCUCCCAGCGUUGCAGUGAUCUAACUGACCGCCGGCUACGACUUCACGUCAGCUCAGACACGUGUUUGUUUGCUGAGAUUCUUUUACAAACAAUCAGCCGAAAGAACAAGCCUAAUUUUCCUAAAUUUAACUACGCAUUGUCAUUGGUUAACGUGUUCGCGGUGUGAGGAAAAAGACAAUCACAGGAAGCUUGUUUUUCUAGUGACAGACAUGUUAAACCACAUAACAACAGUAACCAUAUUAAUCAGCAUCUACUUUUAGAUCCAGGUCUAGCGGAAAGGCUUAUUGGUUAUGGUGAUAUAUGAACGAUGGAAAAACAAGGGGGGGGGGAGGUUGCUGAAGAUGGGACCCAGAGUAAAAACAGACAAAAAAAAGACAAAGUAGCUCUUCUUUCCGUCUCCCAUAAGUUUACCCAGUUGUUUACACUCCCAGACGGGCCGCCGCUCCAAGAGCUGACGCGGCCACACUGAGGAGCAAAAUUAAUAUGUGACAUAUCCGGCUGUUUUUGGAAAGGGGACGGGGGUUAGGGCCUCCAAGGCCGACAGUCACAGCAUCACAUGUAUGCCCAUUUUUUUUAUUGGUGCACAAGAUACAGUAAAAAGGCAUUGCUUGUCACUGUAAUCCCCCGACACGUACACGCACCAGCACUCCCCCGAGCUAUUGUGAAUAGAAAAGCCCUUGUAGAUAAAACAACUGCACUAAUACAAUCAUGCCAGCCAACCUUAUGAGUCUUUUUUUCUCUCUCUAUAAAGCAUUACAGUAGAUCGGCCCACCUUAUUAGUAUUUCAAACGACUGGACAUGCUAAUGGGAUGAAAACACAAUUUUCGAGCACAGAUUGUGACUUCUUAAAACAGACAUGUGAAGACCACUCAGUAUUAAUGCAAAUACAGCCCAUGUACAUGAUAAAGUCUUAAAAAAAUCAAUAAGCAAAAAGGAAAAAAAAAAAAAAGACAAUCUGAGGAGGCCUUUUCAACGCUUUCAAUGAUUUUAUCUAGAGAUAGUCCACACACAUUCAGCGUGAUUCAGCCUAUUCUCUCCUAUUACUGACUCCAAUCAUCCAUCCGAGCUUAUAAAAAUAACUGGACUGCCUGGCCGUUGUUCUUCGCUGCAGGGAAACUCGCCGUAGCCAAGCGAGUGGAAACCAUCUGAUCAGUUUCAUAGAGAGAAGUAGAUCUGCUGACCGACACGUCAAUAAUGGCUAAGGUGAUUUAUUUUCUAAUCUAUGGAAGUGCCUCUGUAUUCCCAUUAUGCAAUUUGUCAAACAUGAAUUCAGGUUCUUUUUCUCAUAUAUAAGCUAUAGUGAAUGGUAAAAAAAAAGAAAAUGUCAGGAGGGGUGGGGAGAUGUUGACAGCUCACUAGGAAAUCACAAGCAUCUUUAUAUAUAAUACAUAUAUAUAUAUUCAUAUAUAUAUAUAUAUUUAUAUAUAUAUAUACAUAUACUUUUUUUUAUUUGCAAGAUAAGCUCUGUGGCAGUCUAGUUAUUUUUUGCAGCAUGGCUUACGUCACACAGUCAUCGGAUCCAUCUCAAAAUUGUUGAUUUGAGCUCAAGUGAGAGCGUCUGAUCUCAUACUCGCAUUAAAGGACGGCAGUGAAAGUAAAUCCAUCGCAAACACACACAAUAGAGACAUAGACAAUGAGUAAUGAUAAAUUAGUUGUGGAUUUUGAAAUAAAAAGGCAGAUUAGAUUUUGAUGUUUUCUUUAUUGUUUUAAUGGGAAGUAUUGUUCUUGAAACUAAAUGAUGUAUGUUGAUUGAGCCAUGUGCAAUGCCUUGGUAGAGGAAUUGUUUUUGCUAGAGAUUGAGGGUGUCGUGCGAUAAGAGGGGAAUGCCUCUUCCUUUUUUUUUUCUUUGUUUGUUUGUCUGUUUCCAAGUCCACGUGCUCCGGGACUCUAAAUAUACGGGCGGCGAGAGAAAAAAAAAAAAAAAAAAUGAAAAAAAAAAUGUUUGGGGGACAUUGUGCUGAAUUACCUUUUUUUGUUUUUUUCUUUUAUCACUUUUUUAAGAAAAAAUAUCAUUUCUAUCGAUUUAUUUUCAAAAAUGUGGGAGGGCUGAAGGAACAAUUUUGCAACUCAAAAGAUAUAUAUAACCAUGAAAACUGGUGCUUUCAUGAAGAGUAAAGUACAUUCAGUCUCUAUUAUACAUAAAUGAUAAUAAGGAAAACAUGCAUUAAUCUAUUUCUCUUAUUGUAUUUACGGGAGGGGGGAGGGGAGGGGGGUCAACAAAGGUUGUUGUUCAAUAAGGUUGUAACAAAAGGCAUUUUUCUUCCCCCUAACUUCUAAAAUCAAGUAAAAUGCACAUUUUCAUGUUACCAUGUUGCGUCUCACACGUGUGAUCUUGACGUGGGACAAAGACAAAUUCUUCCCCAAUUUUGGGAGAUGCACAAGUAUGGAUUCCAGUUUCUACAAGAAAGCAACAAACAAAUAAAUAAUUAAGUGAAUAAUAAAAAUAAAAAAAAAAAAUCAUCAUUUAAAAAAAAAAAAAAAAAUACUCACGAACACAUUAUAGUGUGUGGCGGGAUUUUAUUUGAAAUCGGUUGCAAAAGUUGACUUUUGUCAAGAGCAGCCUCGGUCUGGUCUGAAGGGUUCUGUCAACGCCCAUGAACCCCACCCCUACUCGCAUACACCCACCCCCAAGCCCUGAAACCCUCACAUACACCAGCUGUAAAUGAUUAUAAAUAUUUGUUUGGUGACGUAGUGUUAUAGACCCAGAGCAUCUUUAAAAGUUGUCCCUAAAAAGUGCCUUUUGUUCACAGAUUCCAUCUUGUAAUCCUGAGUGCCCAUGUCAAAAGAGAAAAACUCCCCUCCUUCAUGCCUCUAUAUCUUUCUCUUCCUGUUCGAGCUUUUUGAAGCAGUAUACAUAGUACUAAAGGAAAUUGGUGUGAUUAAGUUCCUCCUUUUAUUGUUCAAUAAUUAUGAAAAUCUGAAAAAAAGAAAAAAAAAGUCUUGUUUUUCUUCCUCUGUAUCAUGUCGUCUGUCUAUCUUGGACACUGGAGUAGUAUGUAGCCACAUAACCUUCUCCCUCUUCUCCCCCCUCCCCCCCUUUUUCUCCCUUUCUCUGAAUGGUGGGGUUUAAAAAGAAAAAAAAAAAAAAAAAAAAGAUUACGCAGACUUUUUUUUCUUCUUUUUCUUUUUCUUUCUUUUUCUUUUUUUCGGUCUGAGCAGAAUGCAGUUAGCUCACAUGUUAUUCUCGUCUGUAUGCUUCACAUUGUAUUACCAUACCCAUCUUCUCCAGCUUCUCCAUUCAACAGCUAAUGUAAGUGAACAAGUGACACCACAGGGCUCUGGGCUGGGCUGAGAUCAGGGGCCGGUGGGAGGGCCGGCUUCACCCUCCGGAAGCAGGCGGGGCACAAACCAGCCCCGGUUGAGAGAUGAAAAUCACUAACGGGAACGCACGGCUUCCUAAUCAUUGUUUUAGUUCAAUUCGGAAUAUACUUUUUGAUCAUUUUGUGGUUUUUACUGCACAACCAUAAGCAGCGGUGAAGUCUCUGCACCUGUUAAGCAUCCUCGCAGUGCCGAACUGAGACCAACUAUUUAAAAAAAAAUAUGUCAACGGAAAAACCGACUCUAAGCACCUUAAAGCCAGGGAGCCUAAAAAGGCUUGGAUUUUACACGAUCAGCACAAAUAUUGCAGAAUAUCUUCCCGGUGUGUGAUGACCAGGUUUAUGCGGUUCUAAAACCUCUGAAAUCCUGACUGCUGAGCAACAGAAACGAGGCGAAGCUUUUCUUCACCUUGUUCCCCAGCAGCAGUGUUGUUACUCCAGUCUAGAAAUGCUGAGGAACCCGCUCAGAGAGAGCGUCUGUGUGCAUACGUGCCCACGUUUGUCGUGAAGGAGGGUGUCUGCAGAACGUGCCCCUGCACUGCUCGAAGAGCCCGACCCCUGUGGCCCGACCGCCCACCGUUUCUUUUUUCUUUUUUUUUUCUUUUUUUUUUAGUUUUGCUUGGUUUGUUUCUUACAUAUUUGGUAGGACACUGGGCUGUGAUUAGUGAUUUAGCCCCCAGUGGCCACUCUCACCUCUGGCCUGUCACCCUGCCCACCUCCCUCCCUCCUCCCCCCCUCCCUACAGAAAUGUGUCCCAUCCUCAGAUGCUCCUCCCAGAGCCCAUGGUGAAAUGCAUGUUGUUAUUACAGUUUCUUUUCCAUAAUAAUGAUUAAAAAACAGUUUGAAAAGAGCAAUGCCUUUACUUGAUUGAAUAAAAGGAUGUUCUUGACUGUA